AAUCAGAAUUAGCUUUAUUUGCCAAGUAUGUGCAAACAAAGAAGGAAUGAAUUUGUUGUGUUUUUUGUACGUCAUGCAAACAUACAUUAUGACACGAGACCAGAAAUAAUAUUAAAAUAAUAAACUGCAGCAUUACAUGCAUUUGUCAUUAAAACACACUCUUUUUUUGUUGUUGUUGUUGUUGUUGCACAAAUUGAUUAAUUGGAAUUAAAUGCAUGUUCAUCAUUUGUGAGAGACAGAAAAGCCCAUUAAUCCCAAUCAAGCAAGUAAAGCAAAGACUCUCCGUCAGCAGACAGACACUGUUUAUUUGUAUCUGCGUUUGAUCGGUGUGGCUUAGGACAGAUUUUGAAAAUCCAUUAAUUCCUGGAUGAAAACCACUUACAGACGGACGUGUAUGAUUACAAAGGAUUUGUUGAGAAUGAAUGGAGCAUAUACAAUGCCUUCGCCUUUUUAUUGAAAAUGAGACAUUGCACUGUGUCUCAGUGAUAAGACAUAAGACUCUUCACAUAUAGGCUAUAAAUCAAGACUAUCCUAUCAUAACCUAUACAAACAUGUUCACACAACAUGGAUUAAACUGAACUGACCAAGCAAAUAUCAGACCAUGCUUGUGCUUAAUUAUGAACCCUCUGGGGUUGUUCAUCUGGGGAUCACACUUGUGUUUAAAUAAGUAAGAAAGGAAAAGAAAGGAGGCAGGAUCAGUAUGAAUGCUUGGAUCUGGAGGGUUAAACAGGUGUGAUAUGAACUAAAUCUCAUGCAAAUGCUGAAGCCAAAGCUGAUCCUCUCAGAGACCUUCAUGCUCUCCGUCGACAUCCAGCAGAAUCAAAACACAUAAUGCCGUGCGUUUAUCUUUCAGCACAACAAUGAGGCUUUCUGCCUCUGUGUACAUCUCAUUUGAUACAGUGCGAUCUGAUUUCUUGUCAGCUAAAGCCAGAUUACCUCCAUCUCCAGCGCUCACUAACACCUUCACAAAACUGCCCAGAUUAGCUGGGAUUUCUCAGCCACUUUAAACAUUUUUUCCUCCUGGCUGUAUAGAGGGAUAAUGUUUUGUCUGCUUGCUUUUAAUCUAUUUGGUAAAUGGGGGUUUGACACAGAGAGCAGAGUGAUCCGACUCUAUAUGAACACGUUCUGCUCUGAACCCGACCGCAUUCUGGCUCAGAACCAACUAGAAAUGCCAUGGACAAGAAGAGCUCUGUCUUCACCAUCGACCGCAUUCUGAGCGCAGACAACCACAGGAUCCCCAGCCUGCAGGAGUCUUCGGCCCCGGGGCCCUGCGAGGAGACGCCGGCCCCUGAAUCUGCAGAGAAUGGAGACUCUAUGAAUCAGACGGACCUCAGAUCGACCUGCUGCUUCUGUUCUCACUGCGGAGAGAUUCUGCACACGGCUGCCAUUUGGGGUAAGCGGAUGUUUGCAGAAGCUCACAGCAGGGAAAGCUUCAGUCAUGUUCAGAGGAGGGUUCGGCGUCACCGCACCAUCUUCACAGAAGAGCAGCUGGACGCUCUGGAGGAUCUGUUCAGACAGAACCAGUAUCCAGACAUCCACACCCGCGAGCAGCUGGCCCAGAGAACACACCUGCGCGAGGAGAGAGUCGAGGUGUGGUUUAAGAACCGAAGAGCAAAAUGGCGACGACAGAAGCGGCUUCCGUUCAGCCUCCGAGGACCAGACGACUGGAACACAGUCCUUCAUAGCGACUGACAUGAAGAAUAUGAUGUCAGGAUCAUUUCUGUCUGAUGCGUGGAGAUAUUAAACUCUUUCCAACAGAUGACAA